AACACAAUUGUAACAAAGACACUGUCGUAAUACAGUCCUGUAAAGAAACGGCAGGUCAAAGAUGGGAUGGAGUUCGGUUUGUAUUUUGAGCAGUAAAGCCUGAAACGAGCCUUUUAAAAUCCUUUUUACCUAUUUUAUCAUCUUUUAUCUAUCCUUAAAAGAGCUUCUCAUUUGAUUGCCUCUCUUUCCAAUACGGGUUUUGGGGGUUUUUUUGCUUACAGGAUAAUUGAAAAUUCUGAAAUGCAACAUACCUGCAUGCAGUAAUGAGAGAAUUAAUAGCUUUAAAUCUAAGCCCAAUCAAUAACUUUAAUUAUUUCAGUUUAGUUAUUGCAAUUGUUAUUUUUAGGUUAUGAUUUAUACUAUCUGAAAUACAAACUGAUCUCUGCCCCAUCUCUGACCAGCAGUUUUUAUAGAGCACUAUUUUACACUGCUGUCAUAGAAAUAUUCUGUCAACUUUAACCAGCCCGUGAUGUAAGCUGUAUGAAUAUUGGAAGAGAAACACAAAAUAUUUACAAAUGCUUCUCACCCAUAAGGCGAGGGAAUUGAAAUUAGACUGGUUGUACAUUUUCUGAACAGCCAAUUUUAUUAAAAGGCAUAAGCUGUAAUGAGCUCACUUCAUCUGAGAACUAUGUUUGUAGCAUUUAUUAUGCUUUAUUAUCCCUCCAACUGUGCUUGACUCUGAAGAUACUGGGAUACAGUCAAGAAAUUUUCAGGUAAUAGUAUGGCACUGAUUUUUCACUGCCUUCCAGAAUGUUUCUUUGACUCCCCAGUCUAUCCUACAGCCUUGUGUUUCCUGCUGCUCUUGAGUGGAAAUUCAAGUACCAGGCAGACCUGCUUAACUUUCAAGACCAGCUACAUUUACCAGAUAUCUGAAUGGAGAAAGGAGGACGGACAAUUCGAAAGAAGGACAGCUGGAGAGAAAAGGAGGACACACAAACUGUUUUAACUUUCUUGGCAGCUGCAACAAAAAUUACAGCAAAUACUGCAAAAAAUGUACUUAGGCCUACAGAUCUUGCUGAACUACAAGUACAAGCACCUCUUAUCAUGCUGGCUGGAAUUCCUGGAAACUUGUAGACCUGAGGUGAGUGGGAGCAAGUUAAGUGGCCCUCCUCCCUGGCAGCCAAGAACCUCUUAGCCUGGAAUCUUUUCUUCUCUACAUGAAAGGGAAAUGGUGACAGACUAUAUAUUGUUUUAAUUCUGCACUUCUGACCUAUCUUGCAAGGAUCUUGGAUAACAAACAAAGAGGUCCAAUUCAAGGUACUGGUGUUCACCUUUAAAGCCCUUCAUAGCAUAGGACUGGGUUAUCUGAGGGACUGCCUCUCUUUGAUUUCAUCUACCCAUCUCACAAAUCUAGCAAAGAUGGCAUGUUAUGAGUGCCAGGAAGCUACAUUUGGUGGGUCCUAAGAAGCAGGCCUUUUCUGCUGUGGUGCCCGUGCUGUGGAAUCUUCUGGCCCAGCUAUAACAUACUACUGAAUGGUGGUGGCCUGAUUUUGCACAUCCAGCAUGUGAUAAGCAAAUUGAUUGUGGGCUUUACGGACAUUCCUAUUCUUCACAUCAGCCAAUGUGAAAAGCAUCUGCCAAUCACAGAACUGCAUCAGGAAUGGGUAUCAUGCUGAGAAAAUAUUGUCACCUGAAAUACAUUGUUAUUGGAUUAUUGUUGGUGGUGGCUCUUAUUACUCUAAUCACUGUGGCUAUCACACAGAAUUUAUCUUCCACCAGGAACCGUAAAUAUGGGAUUGUGUUGGAUGCUGGUUCUUCCCACACGAAUGUGUAUGUAUAUGAAUGGCCAGCUGAGAAAGAGAAUAAUACAGGAAUGGUGCAUCAGAUUCACGUAUGUGAAGUAGAAGGUCCAGGAAUCUCAUCAUAUGCUAAUGCUGUGGAAAAUGCCAGUGUCCCCCUAAAACACUGUAUGGAUUCAGCAAAGGAGAUUGUGCCACACGGAAAACAUCAGGAGACGCCUGUUUACCUAGGGGCAACAGCUGGCAUGCGACUGCUGAGUUUGAAAAAUAAGGAUGCUGCUAAGAGGGUUCUCUCUGCAGUGGAGGAAACAUUGCGUAUAUAUCCCUUCAAAUUCCAGGGUGCCAGGAUUCUCAGUGGUGAAGAAGAAGGUGCUUAUGGCUGGAUCACCCUUAAUUACUUACUGGGCAAAUUUACAGAGUCUAUCUGGCCAAAAGUAUUUGCCCAUGCUUUCUUCAACAGUAGGACAACAGGAGCACUGGAUCUUGGAGGAGCAUCUACACAGAUUACCUUUGUACCUGAUCCAGAUAAGAUUGAAUUACCAACAGAUAUAAUAAAUUUCCAUCUCUAUGGCAAGGAAUACAUGGUAUAUACACAUAGCUUCUUAUGUUAUGGGAAGGACCAAGCUCUUCGACUCAAGCUGUUACAAGAUGUUCUUUCUUCAACAACUGACAGACUCCAGGAUCCAUGUUUCCACCAAGGAUAUGUGAGGACACUUAAUGUUUUUGAUCUGACCACAAAUCCCUGCACAGCACGUAACAUCACUGCACCGUAUUCUCAGAUCCAAAUCCAAGGCGAUGGGAAUUAUGAAAAAUGCUUAGAAAGCAUCCAGAAAAUUUUUAAUGCUGAAGACUGUCUUUACUCCAGCUGCUCAUUCAAUCGCAUUUUCGUGCCUGAGGUGUCUGGAGAAUUUGGGGCAUUUUCUGCUUUCUACUAUGUAAUGAAUUUUCUAAAUGUGACCGAAAAACCUAUGGACCAAGUGAUAGAAACAGUGAAGAACUUUUGCUCCAAACCCUGGAAUGAGGUGAAAGUCGAAUUUCCUAAGGUAAAAGAGAAGUACUUGAGCGAGUACUGUUUCUCAAGUACAUAUAUUAUCUCCCUGCUCGGCCAGAGAUACAACUUCACUAAGGAAAAAUGGCAGAAUAUCCACUUCCUGGAGAAGGUUCAAAACAGUGAUGCAGGAUGGACACUGGGCUAUAUGCUAAACCUUACCAACAUGAUCCCGGCAGAGCAGCCCUACACACACCUCUUGUCUCACGCAGGUUUUAUCAGCUUCAUGGUCGUCUGCUCUGCUCUAGUGAUGACUCUGUUCUUAGUAGGCUCAAUUAUAUAUCACAAACCAAAGUGCCUGAGAAAGGAAAUAAUUUAGGAUGCAGAAGGAAAUUUGACACAUCUAUGGAAACACUGUGGUUAAGAUCAGGGGUUGUACUUUCCUACUCUGCUCUGCUGAAAUAUCUAGUUUAUAUGAGAGCUUUCUGGACCAUUUGCUCUGGCACCAACAGAUGCCAAAACAACAGCAUGCUACCAUUCUAUUCAUCUCCCUCAGAUUGAAGAUUCACUUCUCAUCCUACUCUAAUUGAGGGUUGAUAAAUUCUUGCAUGUUGUAUUAAAACAAACCCCACUUCUCUCAGGAAUGCCACUUCAAUCAUACGUUGCUUUGGUCCUGGAAAUACAGCACAGGGACAUCCAGUUAGAUGGGCUGAACACUGCAAGGACUAACUUAUACCGUUAGCUGCAGCUGCUCUUCGAUCGUGAAAGAAGAAUGAAUCUUCUUUCAUUCUACUGGAAAAAAACACAAGCAUUCAGAAAUACCAUCUACCACCCAAUUGCCGUUUUGAAGUAGUCCUUAAUCAGAUUUGUGAUAGUAUUUGUAUUAUUUCAUUGUAGUAGUAUUUGUAAUAAUUCGUCUAUGAAAGAGGUUGAAAGUGAAAACCUUUGACAAUAGCUUAUCAAUUGCUGGGAGAAGAAGGGAAGAGUACUCUCUACUAAAAGCUAAGGAACAAAAUGCAGCUUAUGAAUUUGCAGCUUGACCAGAAAAAGGAACAGUAAAUUAUUCCUGAUGUGUAACAGUUGGUACCUGAGUAACACGCCUUGCACUGAUGAACUGUUUAUGAAGUGUUUGGAUUCACUGUCAGCUGCCUUAUGUAAGUUAUAUAGUUCUUGGGCACUGAGGUUUGAUUUCACACUGUAUAUUAUCAAAAUCCAUUGGUAUUAUUAUUAUUAUUCAAAAACUAUACUGGGGAAGAGGGAAACAAUCCCUUCGCAACCGAAUUCACAUGCUUGCAAUGCAAACGUUCUUAAGGGUGGGACCUGUGGAAGGAGAAUUCCUUCUUACAAGCACCAAAGGAAUGUUCCUAGGGGGGAAAAAACUACCUUGCACUGAGGUUUUACUGUAAAUUAGGAAUACAGGUAGUCCUCGAUUUACAACAAUUCGUUUUUAGUGACUAUUCAAACUUACAACGGCAUUAAAAAAAGUAACCUAUGACCAUUUUUUCACACUUACGACCAUUGUACCAUCCCUAUGAUCACAUGAUCAAAAUUCAGACACUUGGCAACUGGUUCAUAUUUAUGAUGGUUGCAGGGUUCCUGGUUCAUGCAAUCAACUUUUGCAACCUUCCGGACAAGCAAAGUCAAUGAGGAAGCCAAAGUCACUUAACAACUGUGUUUCUAACUUAACAACUGCAAUGAUUCACUUAACAACUGUGGCAAGAAAGUUUGUAAAAUGGGGCAAAACUCACUUAACAAAUAUCUCACUUAGUAACCUAAAUUUUGGGCUCAAUCGUGGUCGUAAGUCAAGGACUACCUGUAUAGUCAAAACAUUUCCAGCAUUCCUAUAACAAAUGAGCCAGCCUGUUAAUCUAGUCUGUCUGCUGAUUAGCAAACCUUAGUUAUCCUCUGGUAACAUUAUUGAUCCAGCAACAUUUGAAAAGAUCUUCAAUCAGCAGCCAACCUACCUGUACAUCUGUGCCAGUCUUGCUAUUUGCUUCAGGAUAGAAACGUUCCUGCCAAUCUCAACUCCUCUGGAGAAUCAGACCAAUGGAAUAAGCCUGUUAUCCAUCAAUAAUCAUGGCUUUAGUUAGGGAAGAGUCAUGCAGACAGAGGUGAUAUACUAGGGGGGAAAAGUAAAAGCCAGUUUGGCCUAGUGGUUAAGACAUCAGGCUAGAAAAUAGAAGACCAUGAGUUCAAGUCUCACCUUAGCCAUGAAAGCCAGCUUGCUGACUUUGGGCCAGUCACUCUCUCUCAGCCCAACCUGCUUCACAGGAUUGUUGUUAUAUGGAAAAUAGGAGGAGGAAGCUGUGUUUUAUAUGUUUGCAACCUUGAGUUAUUUGUAAAAAUAAUAAAGGUGGGAUAUUAAUUAAAUAAAUGCAUAGAUAUGAUCAAUCAGAUUUUUCACCCACCAGCUUUCCAGUUUUCAGAUUAGAUUGAUCUCGCGUUGCAUAUUACAGUAGAUCAAAUCUGAGAGUUUAAAUGGUAGAAUCACAUGGUGGAAAAUAUGGGCAGCUAAUCACAGAUCCAGAGGCUGACAGUUGAUCUGGUAGGCGUCUGAUACCAGCAUUGAAGGAACUAGGAUAAAUAAAGGAAAUGUUCGUGCUGUUUGGCUAAUUUAAGGAAUCUGCUUUUAUUUAAUCCAUAAUUAUAGAAAUAUAAAAAUAGAAUAUAGAAACAUUGUUUAACAUAACAAAGAAGUGAUUCACGUAUGUUAAGCAUUGAUCCAUUUGGCACACACUUUUCUUAAACUAUAUAUAUAUAUAUAUAUAUAGCUUAUUUGUUCAUUUCUUAGUUAUAAACCAUGUUUAUAAUCUACAGUGUCUGAGUUGACACAUUGUACUAAGUCAUAACAUGGUACAUUUUGUCUUUGUACAAUGUAUAACUCUAAAAUUAGCAAGAAUUUUAAUGACCCUUCUUAUUUAACACAGAAUGUUUUUCAACAAUGUGGUUCCCACCUCAGGAAUUUUAUUUCAAACAAGUAUACUUUUGACAAAUAAUGACAUGGAUUACCCUUUAAAACAGUUUGCAAAGACAUGAAAGAGGAUAAUAUUUAAAAUCUGAUGAAUAGAAGUAAUAGUAUGCUUCAAUAGAACUUGAAUGAGAAUUCUGAAUCAGAGUAUGAAACAUACUCAUGCCAUACUCAUAUCAUAUUCAUACCCGGUAUGUAUUGACUACAUUUAUGUGUCAGAAUUGUUGGGAAUCUUGUCUUAGUGAGAACAAGCAUUACAGCAUAUACUAUGCCACAUAUUCACAUGUCAAUUACUCAAAAUAAAGCAUUCAUUUUGCACUAAUUUUUCAAAAGCUUUUUUACUAGUCACCAAAUGCAUUCAUGUUAGUGAAGUGGUUUUCUAGAUGAGUUGUAUUUAAACUCACUCAUCUUUGCACAUUCAGAACCUUCCUUAGUCCAAAUAUAGAAUAAAUGAAUAAAAAUAAAUAAUAAUAUUCUACGUACUUCCCAGCUACUUUGGAAUUUUAAUAGGGGGAAAAAUCAGUUGACAUUCUUUCAGUAUUUUUCUGCCUUACUGAUUGGAGUGAGACAAUCACUAGAAAAAGUGACAAUCUCUUUAUUCUGCCAGUCUGAUAUUAUUCAGAUGUGCUGGGCUACCAUCUCCAUCAUCCCCAGCUAGCAUGUCCAAUCCUCUUGUUGAAAAGAUGGUGGCACUGAUAGUCCUACAUUCCUGGAAGGCCCCAUGAUUGGGGAAAGCUUGUCUACCUCUUUAUAUUGAUCCUAGUUAAUAGGUGUCUGUUAUUCUUUUAUGAUUUAAUCUGUCCAAAUUACACAAUGCAUUAGGUCCCUUAUCCUGUUACUGGGGUUGCUGCUGAAUUCAUACUCUUUAAGAGGCUGAUUUGCAAGAAUCCCAACUGUAGGCAUAUGGUGGGAAGGGAAUUAAGAGCAAGGAAUGUAUAGUAUAUUAUUAAACAUCUGUUAGUAGCCCUUCUUGGCCUCGGGCUUGGAGGAAGAAUAAUUCAGGACCGGUGAUGCUGGGAUGCUGUCACAUAAUUCCUGAAAAUAGUUUAAACCUUGUCUUUCCUGUCCAAAUGAAACAAAUAUUCACUUUAUACAUGUGUACAUCUCUGUAUUUAUAUGGCAUAUUAAAAAUGCUUUGAUUAAUGUCA